GGGGAGGCGGGAGCUGCCACCUGCACUGGGGUCAGAGAAGCCAUGUGGAGGAAUUGUGUUAGGUUGGCAAGGGGGCUUGGUUGCGGUGCAGUCCUCCGUCCAGAUCCAAAGGUGUCACGCUGCGGUGUCGUUAGAGGGUUAAGUCCAGCUGCCCCAUGCAGUCCGCUCUGGAACUCCGUGACCUGGCUCUCUCAGGCCAGACAGUUGAAGGAUUAUGCCCUCCCCAACUCCAGCUGGAGCCAGGGCAUGAUGGAUUUGUAUAGCAGGUUCCUGGAGAUGUGUAAAGAUGGGACAUGGAAAAGGAUUCCUUCCUACAGCAAUAGUAUUGAUCAUAUACCAGCAUCGCUGAAGCUGGCGUCCGAGAAGGAGCGGAAGGAAACCCGCCUCUUCCCCAGAAACAUGGAUACGGAAGGAGUGGGCUUCGAAUAUGCCAUGUUCCUUAACCCGUCUGAGAAAAGGAUGGUGUGUCUGUUCCAGCCGGGCCCCUAUCUGGAAGGGCAUCCGGGGUUUGCCCACGGGGGCUCCACUGCAACAAUCAUUGACAGCACGAUUGGGGGCUGCGCUAUAUUUGUCGCUGGCAGGGUGAUGACGGCUAACCUCAGUAUAAACUACAGGAACCCCAUUCCGCUGGGCUCGGUGGUCUUGGUGGACAGCAAAGUGGACCAAGUCGAGGGAAGGAAAGUGUUUCUGUCCUGCCAAGUCAGGAGCAUCGAUGGCCAAACGCUUCACGCAGAGGCGACCGCCCUGUUUAUCCGGCUGGAUUCCACGAAGUCUCUGCAGCAGCAGAUGAGCUCCCAGUGA